GGGAGAUCGCCAAAGCUAAGAAAAUCUAUGUAAAAUUGAAUACAUAUCCACUGAAUAGCAACGAAUGAUCUAUUCUACCCUUCGUCCGUGACAUAAACAAGAUUUGUCCAAAUAGGUUCAGAUGCUUACUUAACCAAAUUUGAUUGGAAGAUUUUGUGGUGAAAAGCUUUAAAGUUUAAGUAUAAUUUAUAAUUACGAAUAAUGAGGUUGACAAGAACUUUAUUUUCGAAAAUGGGUGAAUGGUCUAAAAAAUAUGCGAAUUUACCGGAACGGUAUAUAAACCGUAUUAUGGAAAAGGUGUAUUGGAAACCACCUCCUGGGAAACCACAGUAUCUUCCACGGAAAAUAGUGGCUACCAAAAAGUUUCAUUUUAGCAUUCAUAGACCAUGGUCCACGAUAUUUCAGCUAGAUAAUUUUAGUAGACAUCGCAGGGAAUUUGUUCCGGUCGAACCCAUCAAGAAUUGGAGUUUUUUUCGCGGAGAUCGUGUGGAAGUGUUGGUUGGUCCUGAUAAAGGUAAACAAGGAAUCGUGAAAGAUAUAAUUCAAGAAAGAAAUUGGAUUAUUGUUCAAGGAUUGAAUGCAAAGAAAGUAGUAUAUGGAAAAACCAAGGAUUUCCCUGGUAUUUGCAUGCUUGUAGAGCAACCAUUAUUAGUUACAUCACAAGUUCAUCUAGUGGAUCCUUAUGAUUUAAAGGGAACUCCCAUAGAAUGGAGAUAUACAGAAGAAGGCAAAAAAGUAAGAGUAUCGUCUAGAACCGGUAGAAUUAUUCCGAUUCCUGUAUCAAGCGAAGAAACUAUAGAUUAUAAAUCUCCCGAGUUGUAUGUCGAACAGGCAAAAGAUACCACCGCUGACUCCGUAACGGAAGUAACGUUCGAGGCUGAAUUGAAAACAUUCGAAAUGGACAUUAUGGACAGGAUGGGUAUUAAGGAAGAUCGUGUACCAAAGAAAUAUUACUGGUACUAGUUGUGGUAAAUGUAUUCGCAAAGCAGUCUGUUUUUAAAUAAAUAUAUUUUACGUUA